CGCCAUUGUAUAGGGAACUCAUAUUACUAACACAGGUAUGGCAGGCAUUCUGUUCACUUGGAGAAAGAGUUUAAAUAAGAGGUAGGCAGCUGCCGUCCCUGGGAGAGACUGUGUUGCAGAGCCACUGGUGACAGUUGUAGCCCAAAGUCUGGAUUAUCAUUACAACACUGCGACAAGAGGACGGGCAGAGAGCGGGAGGUGGCGCACGUGAGGUGUUGUUGUGCUAAGAGAGGACCCAAUGACUUUGUGUUGACAGCAGAAGUGCUCAGGAUAAAGCAGAUCUUUUCAACAAUCCUUCCGUUCAAUCUCAACAAACAAAAGAGGACGUGGAUCAUCAAGAAAGAUGUUUUUUGUGGCGGGGGCCAAAAAUACAGCAGGAGCAGGCAGAGGAAAUGAAAGGAGGUCAAUCUACAAGAAAUUUCGUGAGGUAGAUUUAUUGGACAAGAAGAAGACAGUGACAGCUCUAAAGCCAGGUGAAGAUCGUGCCAUUUUUCUGGGACUUGGAAUGAUCCUCUCUUCAGUCAUGAUGUACUUUGUCCUGGGGAUCACUAUAUUACGGUCCUAUGCAGACAGUGUGUGGACAGAGGAGGGUUUGUGUGUUGUACUCAACUCCACGGUCACAGCAGACAUGAACUGUUCCUACAACUGUGGGUCAGACUGCUGGAGAGUCUCCAAAUACCCCUGUCUGCAGGUCUACGUGAGCGUCAAUAACACGGGCCGGGUCAGCCGUUUAUCUCACAAUGAGGAGACCCAGGACGUCAGCUCUGAAUGUUUUUAUGUGCCUAGGUGCCAGAAGGACAGUGUGGCCAUGCACGCCAUGAUUAUGAAAAUCUCCGAGCAUCUGAAGGUGAACCAGAAGGUCCCCUGUUACUACGACCCCAGCGAGCAGCAGGAGAUGGUUCUUCUGACACCGCUGCACGACCACAGUGUCGUCUUCCACUCGCUGCUCUGGCCCUCCUGCAUGCUAAUAGGAGGGGCUCUCAUCAUUGUGAUGGUGAAGCUCACGCAGUACCUCUCCAGGUUGUGUGAAGAGAUGGGGAAGAUCAAGAGGUGAAACACGUGCAGCAAGCAUGAGGUUGCUUGGUGAUGGACAUAUGACAUGAAAGGGAUAGUUUGAACCAAAUUACCUUGCUGUGACUUUUUGCACUUUCUUCUUCUGCUGAGACAUUUGGAACAGGCGACUUUGUCUCCACAUAGAAUAUGUGACUGUUUGUAAAAGUGAACGUAUGUUCCAGGUUAGAAACUGUCAGACAUAUAACUGCCUGUUAUACAGGGGGAAACGAAGACUGGAUUUUACAUAGUGUUA